AUGGUUUUGCAACAGAAUUCGAUUGAACUUGAUCCUAUUGACAGGCAUGACAUUCCCCACCAUGAUGUGAAGAGGGUUAGGUUCAGCAAAUGUGCAUUCACUGUGGUGUUUGCAUGGGGAGAUACUUCUGCUCCAAAUGCAACUUCUUUGAUGAUGAUGAUUCUCACCAAAGUAUUGAAAAAGCAAUGCAUCACAAUUGCGCGGUUUGCUUUGAGGUAUUCAUGCCCGGUUUGCUCAAAGUCUUUUUGUGAUAUGUCACGCGUAUGGAAGAAACUAGAUGAGGAGGUUGCAUCAACACCUAUGCCCGAAAUGUAUCGAAAUAAGAUGGUUUGGAUUCUUUGCAAUGACUGCGGGACAACGCCUGAAGUAAGUUUUGAUCUUGUGGCACACAAGUGCCUCAAAUGCAAGUCCUACAACACAAGAAAGACACAAGGUGCUCCUGCUUCGCGCUCAUCGAGGAUUGGAGAGGUGGUGAGAUAG